CCGAUAUCGAAUGUUUUAAACCUGACCUCCCCCUGCGACAGUGUCCAUCCUGCACGCGCAACACCCUCAAAAUUAUCCCCUUCUGUCUCCACGCUAUCAGCACUAUAUAAAUCGGCAAACCUCAGAUUGGUCUUUGUCAGCGUUCUCUCCCAGCGCACCCCCGGUCCUAUAUAGCGCGGUUUCGCCCCAAUUCGACGUCCCCUGUGGUCACCCCAAGGACUUCACAUCUGCUCAGCGACAGCCUGUCUAGACGAUAUAUACUACCUCGAGUGCGCUGGUCGACAACUAGGACUUCAUUGGGCUCUUUUAGUUUUGCGUCUGAGAGCCAGCGCCACCUUUGCUAGGGCUCGCACAACCCGGUCCCGCACACUUAGUUAACACCUCACCCUACUCUCAAUUCACCAUGGCGGAUGAUCUCGAUGCGGAGCUUCUCGCCCUGGCGGGUGACUCCUCGGACGAGGAGUCUUCCCCGCCCACCAGAGAAAAGGCCGCCUCCCCGGAUCGCUCUUCUUCUUCACCACCACCACAAUCACCCGCCGCAUCAUCCACCAUGGGUCGCAAAGGCAUCGCCAAACCCGCGCGACGUAGUCGAAAGUCCCGCCAUCAUGAUGACGAGGACGGUGAACUCUCUGCAGCCGAAUCGCUCGACUCUGCCAGCAUGUCCGAAUCCGAUUCCGCGUCCGACUCGGAAGGUUCCGCCGACAUCGGCGAAGAUGACGGCCCCAUGUUCCCCUACGAGAAGCUGUAUUACUCCGCCAAGGACAAGGAGGAGAUCAUGGCGAUGCCCGAGAUUCAGCGCGAGCAGAUCCUGUCAGAACGCGCGCAGGAGGUGGACCGGCACAACCAGGAUCUCGCCCUCCGCCGUCUGCUAGCCUCGCGGGAGCGGGAGGAGGCCCGCAAGGCCAAGAAGAACAAGCGGAAGGCGAGCGCCGCGAACCUAGACGAGGGCAACCGCAAAAGCUCGCGGCAGAAGACGACGCUGGGCGGUCGCAAGGUCGGGGAGACGUCGGAGGCGAUCGAGGCCUACAAGCGGCAGCGCGAGCAGAAGGGCAAACGCGACGAGCUCCGCCGGCGGGACCCCACCGCGAAGGAUCAGAAGGCCCGCUCCCGGGAUGAUAGGCUGUCGGAUGAAGACGCCGAAGGCGAGAGUGAAGUCGAAUGGGACGAUCGGGAACGCUCCCCGUCUCCUCCCAAGGACGAUCCGCCGGCCGAACUGCGAGACGUCCAGCGCACGCGCGUCGGUCGCAGUAAUUUCGCGCAGGUCUGCUUCUACCCCGGGUUCGAGGAGGCGAUCGCCGGAUGCUACGCUCGUGUGAACAUCGGGCCCAACCGCGAUACGGGUCUGAACCAGUACCGUGUGUGUUUGAUUAAGAGAAUCGUCGAGGAAGGGCCCAUGUACGCCAUGGAGGGAUCAAAUGGCCGCUCAUUUGCCACAAAUCAGUACGCCGUGUUGGCCCACGGAAAGGCCGAGAAAAGCUUCCCUUUCAUCGCGUGCUCGGACUCCCCAUUCACAGAGGCCGAGUUCAACCGCUACCGGCAGACCAUGGCCAUUGAAGACUGCAAGAUGGCCACGAAGUCCCAGGUGGCCAGCAAAGUGGCGGACAUCAACCGGCUCCUGAACCACAAGUUCACCAACGAAGAGCUCAACGAGAAGCUGCGCAAGCAGGGGUCGCUCGACACCAAGUCGCAAUUCUUCAAGCGCGUCGACGUGGAGAAGCAGCUGAAACUGGCGAAGGCGGCCGGCGACGAGGCCGAGGCGGAGCGGCUGCAGAGCGAGCUGACCAGCAUGGCGGCGCCCAAGGUCGCGCACGGCACCAGCCUGUCGCGGCCCCGCGCCGACAAGCCCUCCGAGCACGAGCGCCUGGCCGAGCUGAACCUGCGCAACCAGAAGCUCAACUACGAGAACGUGCGCCGCGCCCAGCUCGAGGAGCGCAAGGCCAGCCGCAAGGCCGCCGCCGCCGUGGCCCGCGGCGAGGCCACGCUCAACCCCUUCAUGCGGGUGCGCACCCAGGCCCGCACGCACUACGAUGUGAAUGGCAACACCAUCCCGUCGCCCAACAAGCCCGGCGACGGCGGCAGCCAGGACACCUCGGCCUCCGGGACGCCGUCCAAGGCCAGCACGCCCACCGCGGGCACCCCGCUCGGCGGCGCCAGCCAGCGCAAGGCCGUCAAGAGCGGCGCCAUCCGCCAUCGCAACAUGGACGACGAGAACAUCGCCGCUUUGGAUAUAGAGUUGGAUAUCGAGAUCUAGCGGUGCGAUUCCGUCGCAACACACAAUCCUCAGACCACGGCCAGCACUGAGGGUUGCCCUCAGACCGAAACUUUGCACCCGACCAUCGAAUCUGUGCAAGCCGUGCCAUCGACACUCGCCAUCGUACAUUGAAGGGGACAAAAACAGGGCCAUGAACUUGGGAUUCUCGAAUGCAUUCGAAAGCAUUUGCUACAGCGUCGGUUGUUCUUUUUUUCGAGUUAUUGUACACUUUCUCUUUCCCCCUUUUACCUUUCUUUCUUCCUUCCUUCCUUCGUCUUCUCGUGCUUGCUAGGGAAUUGGUGUUGAUUGGCGUUCCAAAUGAGAAAGAAAUCCACCCACGGCGCGCGCUGUAUUUUUAACCCUCAACCUCCAUACAAUACAAGGC